AUGGAGAAGCUGCUCUUGUGCUUCUUGGUCUCCAUUAGCUUCUCUGAUGCUUUUGGCCAGACAGACCUAUCUAAGAAGGCCUUCGUAUUUCCAAAAGAGACAGAUAAUUCUUACGUAUCUUUGGAAGGACAGUUAACGAAACCUCUAAAAGCCUUCACUGUGUGCCUCCAGAUGUACACUGAGCUGAGCAAGACCCGUGGGUUCAGCAUUUUCUCUUAUGCCACCAAGAAACAACCUAAUGAGAUCCUCAUAUUUUGGUCGAAGAAUAGAGGAUAUGCUUUUGGUGUGGGUGGGCCUGAAGUAUUAUUCAAGGCUGCUGAAAUUCCUGAGGCUCCAGUCCAUAUCUGUGCCAGCUGGGAAUCUGUCACCGGGAUUGCAGAGUUCUGGGUAGAUGGGAGGCCCAGGGUCAGGAUGAGUCUGAACAAGGGAUACACUGUGCAGCCAGAGGCAAGCAUUAUCCUGGGACAAGAACAGGAUUCGUUUGGCGGGAGCUUUGAUACAAACCAAUCUUUGGUGGGUGACAUUGGAAAUGUGAACAUGUGGGACUUUGUGUUAUCACCAGAUGAGAUCAACACAGUGUAUGUUGGUGGGACCCUCAGCCCCACUGUUCUGAACUGGCAGUCAUUGAAGUAUAAGGCAAAUGGUGAAGUGUUUAUUAAACCUCAGCUGUGGCCCUGA